AUGCACCGCACCUUAUCCAGCGACGCCAAAGGCGAUGCGCCCGAGCUAUUGCGCGCCUAUAGUUUCGGUCAGAACACCUGCGGGGAGUUAGCGCUCGGCGACACGGCCGAUCGUCACAAGCCAACACGCGUCGAGUUCGACAGCAGUGCCAAUGGGCAAACAGCCGUCGCGGACGUUGCUUGUGGGAAUGAGCUCACGAGUUUUCUGUCCGAGAGCGGAAAUGUGUUUACGUGCGGUCACAAUGACAGCGGCCAAUGUGCAAUGGGGUCGACCGAGCGCGUGCCCACGCUCCAGUUCUCGCCAGGACUGAGUUCUCUUGGCACGACUCGAGUCUUCUCGGGCAACGGUAGUGAACACCUUGCAGCACUGAGCGCAAAUGGACAGUUAUACACCGUCGGGUUGAACGUGCACGGGCAGCUGGGUAUCGGCUCUGCCACAAAUGUAGAGGAGCCUAUGCUUGUGGGAGAAUUGACGAGCAAGCGCGUUGUCGAUGCUGCUUGCAGCUACUUCCACACGGCAAUUGUGACGGACAGUGGUGAGCUGUACGCAUGCGGUCGCAAUGACUACGGGCAGCUCGGAUCAGGGGGUGGCAACGACCAGCUUGUACCUCGACCUGUUGGUUAUUUCUCACGGCAUCCAGUACUAGCAGUUGCGUGCGGUCAGCACUUCACUGUCGCAUCGCUGAGAGAAGGAGGCGUCGUAGCAUUUGGUAGAAAUGACCACGGCCAACUCGGGAUUGGGUGUACAUCCGAGCCAGUGUUCGAGCCUAGACGCUUAGCCUCGCCCCUGGACAGAGCAAUGGUACCGCAGCUGUCUUGUGGGUACUACCACACCGCCGUCAUCACGGAGGACGGUGCCGUCUAUACAUUUGGCCGUAACGACUACGGUCAGCUCGGUCUUGGGCACAAACUACACAUGGCCCGACCGACGAUUGUAAAAAGCUUGUCACGCGUGAGGGCAGUCCAGGCUGCAUGCGGUUGCUACCACACGCUAGUGCUUUCGGAUGACGGCAAGGUGUUUCCAUUUGGCCGCAACGACCACGGUCAGCUUGGCUUAGAGACAACAAUGGAUUGCCUGAGCCCCCAGCUUAUAGCAUCUCUGCAGGGCAAAGCUGUUGCCAAGGUCGCUGCUGGGUUUUACCAUUCCGUUUGUCUGGUCAAGACGUCCGAAGGCGCGCAGUCAUUGGGACAAGGCACUACAACACUGAGCGUAGAUAUGGGUAAGAUGCUGAACAAUCCGACCCGAAGCGACGUCGUCUUUUUGGUCGAAGAUCGCCGGUUUUUCGCACAUGGCUGCAUUUUGGCAGCUCGUUGCGAGCCACUGGAGAAAAUGCUCGAUGGUCGAACAAAAGACGGGCUGCAGUCGGAAAUCGUCAUCCCCGAGUAUUCGUUCGAUGUGUUUGCUGCUCUGAUGGCAUUUCUAUACACUGACCAAGUGGCCGCCCUGACUUCACAAGAUGUGACGGCAGCUUUUGCACUGGAGCUGCAUGCACUGGCUGAUCAGUACCUGGUUGGCAACCUUCGAAGUUUGUGCGAGAGCGCUUUGGGACGGGUACUAUCAGUGGAGAACGCUGUCAUCAUCAUGGAGGCAGCGCAUUUUCGGAGCGCUUUUGCGUUGAAAAAGCGUUGCGCACGCUUCAUUGUGGAUCAUUUCGAUCGCGUCAGUGCAACGCAGCCUUUUGCUGGACUUCCGCACGACAUGCUUGACGAGCUGCUGCUUUUGGCUAGUCACCGAGGUGUAGCGGUAUCGAGUCGAGGUGGUGCUGGUAGCGAGUAG